GGAGGAAGAGGGAGCAGUCCACAAGAGUGACCGCUCGCUGGAUGGUCCGGCAUGGCAGACAAGUUAAAGAAAAACCCAAGCGAUAUGUUUCUCGAGAUCUCCAGAAAAUGCAACAAACUCGGGAUAACGUCCUCAGAGCUCAACGAGCUCCCCUCUAUCAAGAAACUGAGGAGAAAAAACAGCCGCCACGGUUUGCUUUUUUGGUUGAUUUUAAUUUCAGUCGCGGCAAUUGCACUUGCGUUCGGCUCCCAAGCGGUGUUUCGAACUUUUGCCAGGGCUUAUUUUGCUGUCCGAGGGUAUGAUGUCGAAGAGGAGCUUUGUCUCUUCAACAUGCCGGCAGAAGUUCAAAAUAUGUUCAUGCCACCUGUAGAUUGUUCUAUGUGCAGGAAUUUAACGAUCGUGGAAAGAGUUCGAAAUAUCUCUCCCACCGACUUUGAACUGAGGUUCGCUUAUUCCUUGGUCCCGGUGGUGGUGGCUGACGGAACCCUGAACUGGACUGCUGUGGAUGUGUUCAGCUUCGAAUUCUUCCGUGACCUGUAUAUGGGGUCUGGUGAGGACAUCGAAACUGAUGGCGAGUGGGAGAAGGAGUGUCAAUUUUUCCCGUACCAGACAGAAUUCCAUAGCCUGAAGGAGGUGCUGUCGAUGAGCGAAGAACGGGCGGCCAGACCCUGGUACAUUGGAUGGAGUAACUGUGACAGCAAAGUGGGGAACAUCCUGCGCAAACAUUAUCGUCGUCCGUACUUCUUGCCGCUUCUGUCUGAGAGCACGAACAUCGAUUGGAUAUUUAUGGGAACGCCAGGCCAUGGAGCCCAUAUGCAUAUUGAUCACGUGCACAAUCCUUCCUGGCAGGCUCAAAUCAAAGGCAGGAAGGAGUGGACUCUCGAACCAGUACCUGAAUGCUACAACGAAUGCAAAUCUCUUAAAACUAUUGUGGAACCAGGAGAAGUCAUUGUUCUGGACACAAACCGCUGGUACCACAAAACGAAGAUAAUUGGAAACGAUUUGAGCAUCACCAUCGGAUCCGAAUUCGAUUAAGAUUUUGAUUGUGAUUGUACCACGACUGAAAAACACCAAAGAAAAUUUACUUCUAGUCAACUAAACAAGUUUCCUAUCUAUGGUUCCAAGAAGCUGAAAAUCUAUUUUUAAGUUGUGCCUGUUCUUGUUACACUUAUUUUGUUAAAAUUAUGUUCAUAUUUUCUAAUUUCUGCCUGAAAAAAUAUUGUGUUCAAUAAAGUGCAUACCUGGUUGAUCAGGCAUGCUGAUGUCAAGGCCAUAAUAGUCUCGGGAUUUUCAAUA